AUGCCUUCGAAAUCGCAAAAGAAGAAUGCGGCCGCCGCCCGCGCCAAUGGUGGUGGUGGCAUCGGCCGCCUCCUGGCCAUCCUCGGCUUCCUGACGGCGCUGCUCGCCUCGGUCGUCUACGUCGCCGAGCAGAACCUCGACAAGUUUUACGUCUUUGAGCUGGACCACCUGCAGGACCUGGCCAAGCGCAGCGUCGACCGCCACGGCGGCGACACGCGCGGCGCCGUCAAGUACAUUGUCGACGAGCUGAGCGCCAAGCUGCCGGCGCACGUCAACGUCGAGGAGGAGUGGGUGUUUAACAAUGCGGGCGGCGCCAUGGGGGCCAUGUACAUCAUCCACGCCAGCAUCACCGAGUACCUCAUCAUUUUCGGCACUGCUGUCGGCACCGAGGGCCAUACCGGCCGCCACACGGCCGACGACUACUUCCACAUCCUCUCGGGCACGCAGAUGGCCUACGUGCCCGGCGAGUACGAGCCCGAGGUGUACCCGCCCGGCAGCGUGCACCACCUGCGCCGCGGCGAGGUCAAGCAGUACAAGAUGCCCGAGAGCUGCUUCGCCAUGGAGUACGCCCGCGGCUGGAUCCCGCCCAUGCUCUUCUUUGGCUUCGCAGAUGGCCUGUCUAGCACGCUCGACUUCCCGACCCUCUGGAAGACGACGUACAUUACUGGCAAACUGAUGAUUGGUCAGCUCCUCCGCGCCAAGUUCUAA